AGUUUAGUUGUUUAUCUUAUGCUAUAUUUGUUAACUUUUAUGCAUACUAUAUUUUAAGUUGCAUUAAUUUUAAAAAGUCUUUCAUAAAUAAAAAUCACUACAAUUUAAAUAUAUUUUACACCAAUUAUAAAUUUUCAAUUCUUGUAAUUUGGCGGAAAGAGUGGAUCAAUGGAGCACCUACGCAUUGUUGUGCAGUUAAACGAUUCAGUUGUGGAAAUAAAAAACACUAAAGAUGGUGCAGCUGAAAAUGGCGAUAGCAGUUCCAACUCCAAUAAUUUACAAGCGAAAGUGUAUCUAAUCGAUUUCAGUAACAUACGUUUGGAUUUGAAUCAAACCACUGACAACUUGACCAUAAGUUCACACAAGAUGAACUUUGAUCUGGUAAGCUUCGCCUCGGAUGAAUCGCUCUUGAAAGAAGUUAACCAGUUAAUGGAUCAACUGUUGUUGCAGCGGCGCGAUUGCAGUUUGAUCCGCUUUGCGGCAAAGCGUGAGUGGCGUUUGACAUUUCUGUACAAUGCACUCAUUGAAGAAGUGAAUAAUCGUUUGGAACGUCUUAAGGCUACAGUGCAUUUUGUACGCGUUGAUUAUAGAGAAAUAAUGAAGAACGGUGUACGUGAUUUGUUGCAUGACUUGCAGGAGGAGGAUUGCUUUGCGGAUUCUUGUAAAGAGAUAGCAAAUCCUAACGAUUCACACAUCAGCUGCUGCAAAGACAAAUUUAGAAGCACACGUGAAUUAUUGUUGUGGUUAUUGAAUGAACAUAGGCAUAAGUGGAACACUGCAAGUGGUCAUGAAUUUUUAGAGCUGAAAUUUUUUAUCGUAGACGAUGAACACAGAACUUUUAAGAUUAAAUUUACACUUUUCAAUUUGUACUUGGAUCAAAUGGACAAUGAAGAACGCGGAAAACUGAAUGAUUAUAUUGAACAACUUGGCGGAGGCAUUGACUUCGCAUUCGAACAUUCGCCGCUCACAUCAUUUCUAAGUGGACAUCUGGAGGCAACAACAAGUACGUCAGGACGCACGCUCUUGCUUUAUGAUGUGCCAGUUAAUGAGGACAAUGCAACUGUUGAUUUAUUGCAAAUAGCGGAUUCACUGAUGAAAAGUCGUAGCAAAGGGAAUCUUAACUUGAUCAAAAGAAUUUUCCAAAAUCGCAACAAAGAGAACAUGCAUACAAAAAAUGAAAAUUCGAUUAAGGACAAGGAGGUCGCAGAAGACACUUCAGUUAUAGUCAGUGAAAGCAAGGAGAAAGAAAGUGAAAAUAGCGAAAAAGACAGUGAACACAAAAAUAAAACGAAUAAAGACAGUAAUGCGGAAAAUAAAGAGCACCUUAAUAAACCAGAGCCCAUAAAAAAUGACGAGGCUGCAAAGGUUAAGAAUCCCUUACUUGAGAGUACAGAAAAUCUGCGGGAAGAAAUUGAAGACAAACAUAAACAGAAUAACAAACAAUUCAAGAACAUGAACAAGCAACUCAUACCUAGUAAAACCAAUAACCGGGAUGAUAAUGAAAAUAGUGAACAUUCGGAAUAUUCGGAACACAAGGAAACUGUUGAUAGCAAUAAAGCAUCUCCAACAUCUGAAAAAGAUUUCAAUUGUCUUAGUUUCUGGUAUCGUAAGAUUGAUGACAAAUACACUCAGGCUCGGGAUGCUGUACAAGCAUUUUUUGAGAAAUUUGAUGAAGUUAGAGUUACGCAGAUAUGCGAUGAUGUUAAAAUGAUGUCUAAUAGUAUCGAUAAUUUUACAAAGGAUAGUGUUGGUGAAGAAAACACUGAUCCCGUCGGAUGCAAAAAUGAUGAUAUCAAAACAUUUUAUAAAAACUAUGAAGCAUCACUUUUAGCCUUCAAGGCAGUUUCGGAUGAUGUAAAAUAUUCACAAUUCGUUGAUUAUCUGGAAAUUUAUAUGGAAACGAGAAAUUUUGAACUAUCUGAAGCCAUCGUCAAAUUCAAAACAAAACAAUUAAGUUCCCUCCUUGAUGUCGUACAAACCGAACUUAAUGCACUAAAAUCCUUAGAGGACGAAUAGUUUCUAUAACCUGAAACGCAAUGCGUCAGGAGGAGUUAAGGACGCAGUAAAUUUAUAAUUAAAUCAGGCUACA